AGUCAGGUCGGGUGAGGACCAGAGACUCAGCCAGAGGCUGGCAUUUCCCUGGUGUUGGAGGGAGGGGGGAUGAGUCACUCGUGACUCACUCCAGGAGAAAGAAGAGAGUCAGUGAGUCAAGGAUGCCUGUCCCGGGGGCAAUUCCUGCUCCUGAUGGUUCAUAUGGAGACCCACACGGCCCAGGGACAGAGUGUUGAAGAUGCACCAGCUCACUGCUUGCCUCUCCUGCCCUGAGCCAGACAUCUGGCAGCCAUGUCACUCCUCCUGUUGGUGGUCUCUGCCCUCCACAUCCUCAUUCUUGUCUUGCUUUUUGUGGCCACUUUGGACAAGUCCUGGUGGACUCUCCCAGACAAAGAGUCCCUGAACCUGUGGUAUGACUGCACGUGGAACACCACCACUCAAACAUGGGCCUGCAGUAACGUCAGUGAGAAUGGCUGGCUGAAGGCAGUGCAGGCCCUCAUGGUGCUGUCUCUCAUCCUCUGCUGCCUGUCCUUCAUCCUCUUCAUGUUCCAACUCUACACCAUGCGGCGCGGAGGGCUCUUCUACGCUACCGGCCUCUGCCAGCUUUGCACCAGUGCAGCUGUGUUCUCCGGGGCACUCAUCUAUGCCAUCCACACCGAGGAGAUCCUGGCCAAGCACCCGAGUGGGGGCAGCUUCGGUUACUGCUUCGCCCUGGCCUGGGUGGCUUUUCCACUCGCUCUGGUCAGCGGCACUGUCUACAUCCACCUGCGGAAACGUGAAUGAGCACUGUGUCCCCUAGAAAAUAAAUUCAUUUAACCACGAGCCU